UUGAAACCCUCAGUCAGGCUCUGCACGCUGCUGAGGAGAGGCACCAACAGACCGUCGGAGAGCUGCAGUCCCGGCUCACCGCUUCCGCCACCGCACUGGAAGCAGCCGAGACCAAGGUGACCGCCCUGAGCACUGAACUCGACCGCCGACACGACUAUGACGACCUCUGUCGUGAGAUUACUGUUCUGCGCUCCAUUGAGUUCCCCGAGGGCAACGAAAAGCCGGGUGUGGAUGCGGAGGAUUCCGCGGAGGUCAGCGGACCUAUCUCCCUGGAGGUUCGCCUUCGGCGCAAGAAUGAACAGCUGAAGAACACGAUUGCUAGCAUUUCUGCAGAAAAGGAGCAAUUGGAA